AUGCAGUCCCUCCUUCAAUACCGUCGUCUUCGCGAGGAUCUUGAGCGGACCAUCAAGUUACACGGUAUCGAUGCUGCUGCUGGUCACUCUUACUCUCAGCCGACUGGCGAUAUUCUCGAGGACGUUGGCGAUGCUCUUUUUCAGCAGCAGAUCGAAUCCAGCGAGUCCGCGUUAGAGAAAGCUUCCUCUGCUCCCCAGGGUCGGCGUCCACCUCCUUUCCAGUUUGGCGAUCCUGUCCUGGUUCUUCACGAUGGACAAAGGGCUACCAUCCCUGGAGUCAGGGUUCGUCGUGGCUCAGCCUCCAGUGGGACUGUUGAUACAAAUGCCGUCUUCGUUGUUGGGUUUGACAGAGACCACGACCAGUUUGACCCUAAGAACUGGACCCUCGGACGUAAAUGGAUGACACUCGGGAUUGUUGGAACAACUGGGUUUCUUGUCGGAUGGGCGUCGUCGAUUGACUCAGCUGUGGUCAAACAAGGCCAAGAUGCAUUUGGAGUCAGUGAAGUAACGGAGUCUCUUGCUACCUCUCUCUACCUGAUCGCCUUCGGCUUUGGAUCGCUCAUCGCUGCGCCAUUCUCGGAGAUAGUGGGACGCAACCCUGUCUACCUGGUGUCAUUAUCAAUGCUUAUGGUUUUCAUCAUGGCGUCAGGCCUAGCACCUAACAUCGGUGCUCAGCUUGCCUUUCGCUUCAUUGCUGGCAUCUUCGGGUGCACGCCCCUGACAACAUUCGGUGGUAGCAUGUCCGACCUCUUUAGCUGGCUCGAACGUACAUAUGCCUUCCCCAUUUGUUCCUCGCUUUCCUUUCUGGGGCCGUUUCUCGCACCGAUGGUGGGUGCUUUUAUCGGCCAAAGCUCCGCAAUCAGCUGGCGAUGGAGUGAAUGGACAUCUCUGAUUCUCGGAGGUUUAAUAACGGGGUCUAUCUUUCUAUUCGUACCUGAAACAUACGGCCCGGUUCUCCUCCAGUGGAAAGCUAGCCAUCUCCGCAAGAUCACAGGCGACUCUCGCUUCGUCGCCGAGAUCGAACUCCGCCAGACAUCCUUACCCAUCCGGCUAUUGCACAGCUGUUCCCGUCCAUUCCGUCUCUUUUUCGGCGAGAUAAUGGUCAUGCUUUUCACCAUGUAUCUUGUUGUGCUGUACAUCGUCCUCUUCGGGUUCUUGACAGGAUACGACUUCAUUUUUGGGAAGACAUACGGCUUCUCACAGGGAGCCGUCGGAUUGGCCUUCAUCGGCAUGAAUGUCGGAUUCAUGAUCGCCUUUGCCAUCGCGCCCUACAUAUACCUGAAAUACAAACGCGGGCUUGAGAGCGCUACCGCUGCCGGUCAAAAGAUGCUUCCACCCGAGGAAAGACUUUGGUACGCCAUGUACGGCGCGCCGUGGCUCCCCAUCUCGUUAUUCUGGAUGGGCUGGACUAGUUACGAAUCUGUCUCGUACUGGUCGAGUCUUGUGGCAUCUGUCGCAUUCGGGUUCUCGGUCCAGGGGAUCUUCAUCUCGAGUUAUCAGUACCUGAUCGAUACCUAUGAGCUGUACGCUGCCAGUGCAUUGGCUAGUGCGACGCUCAUGAGGUAUAUUGCCGCUGGGGUGAUGGUGGUGGUAUCCAUACCCAUGUACGGGAAUCUGGGUGUGCAUUGGACACUGACACUUCUUGGGUGCAUUUCGCUUCUGAUGACGCCUGUGCCUUAUGUGUUUUAUAAAUAUGGACAUGUGUUUCGGAAGUGGAGCAAGACUGCGGCAAUUGGUAGUUUGGCUGUUGAAAGCAACAAAUGA